UACAUAAGGACCACUACGAGAACCUCUACUGUGUGGUCUCAGGGGAGAAACGCUUCCUGCUACACCCACCCAGCGACCGGCCCUUCAUCCCCUAUGAGCUGUACACACCGGCGACCUACCAGCUAACCGAAGAGGACUCCUUUGAGAUAGUGGAUGAAGAGGCCAUGGAGAAGGUACCCUGGAUCCCACUGGACCCGCUGGCUCCGGAUCUGGCCCGGUACCCCAGUUACAGUCAGGCCCGGGCCCUUUGCUGCACGGUGCAGGCCGGUGAGAUGCUCUACCUGCCGGCCCUGUGGUUCCACCAUGUGCAGCAGUCCCAUGGCUGCAUUGCGGGCAAAAAUUCCUGGGACCUGCUUGCUCACUGUUCGUGUCCUGCAGGCUCAUGGCCUGCCCUCAAAGGACCUAGUGACUCCCUCUGACUGCUAUGUGAGUCUGUGGCUGCCCACAGCCUCUAGCCACAGGCUCCAGACACGCACGGUCAAGAACAGCAGAAACCCCAUCUGGAAUCAGAGCUUUCGCUUUCGAAUCCACAGCCAGCUCAAGAAUGUCUUGCAGCUGCAAGUCUUUGACCAGGACCUUCUGACCAGUGAUGACCCCAUGUUGUCAGUGCUGUUUGACUUGGGGACUUUGCAGGCUGGGGACUUUCGCCGAGAGAGCUUCUCACUGAACCCUCAGGGUGAGGAGCGGCUAGAAGUUGAAUUUCGGCUGCAGAGACUGACAGACUGUGCUGAGCAGCUCGUCAGUAAUGGCAUCCUGGUGGCCCGGGAGCUCUCCUGCUUGCAUGUUCGACUGGAGGAGGCAGGGGAUCAGAAACAAUCUGAGGGCAGAGUUCAGCUUGUGGUUCCUGGGUCCUGUGAGGGUCAACAGGAGGCCUCCGUAGGCGCUGGCCCUGUCUGCUUCCAUUGCCCGGCCUGCUGGGAGCAGGAGCUGGGUAUCCUUCUGCAGGGUGCCCCUCAAGAGCAACUAAAGGUGCCCCUAAGCGCCUUGCCCUCUGGCCAAGUAGUGAGGCUUGUCUUCCCUACAUCCCAGGAGCCCCUGAUGAGGGUGGAGCUGAGAAAAGAAGGACCAAAGGAGCUGGCCGUGCGGCUGGGCUGUGGCCCCUGUGCGGAGGAGCAGGCCUUCCUGAGCAGGAGGAAGCAGCUGGUGGCCAGAGCCCUGAAGCAGGUCCUGCAGCUGGAUGACGACCUGCAGGAGGACGAGGUCCCCGUGGUCGCUGUCAUGGCCACCGGCGGUGGGAUACGGGCAAUGUUGUCCCUCUACGGGCAGCUGGCUGGACUGAGGGAGCUGGGGCUCUUGGAUUGUGUCUCCUACAUCACAGGGGCCUCGGGCUCCACCUGGGCUUUGACCAACCUCUAUGAGGACCCAGAAUGGUCUCAGAAGGACCUGGCGGGACCCACCGAGUCCCUGAAGACACAGGUGACCAAAAGCAAGUUGGGCGUGCUUGCCCCCAGCCAGCUGCAGCGGUACCGGCAGGAGCUGGCUGAGCGGGCCCGCCUGGGCCACCCGCCCUGCUUCACCAACCUGUGGGCCCUCAUCAGUGAGGGCCUGCUGCACGAGGAGCCCCGUGACUGCACACUGUCAGACCAGCGGGAGGCCCUGAGUCGAGGCCAGAACCCUCUGCCCAUCUACUGUGCCCUAAACACCAAGGAGAAGGGCCUGACCACCUUUGAAUUUGGAGAGUGGUGCGAGUUCUCCCCGUAUGAGGUUGGCUUUCCCAAGUAUGGAGCCUUCAUCCCCUCUGAGCUCUUCGGUUCUGAGUUCUUCAUGGGGCGCCUGACCAAGCGGCUUCCUGAGUCCCGAAUCUGCUUCCUUGAAGGUAUCUGGAGCAACCUGUAUGCAGCCAACCUCCAGGACAGCUUAUACUGGGCUUCGGAGCCCAGCCAGUUCUGGGACCGCUGGGCACAGGAUCAGGCCAGCCGGGACAAGGAGCAGGUCCCUCUUCUGAAGAUAGAAGAGCCUCCUACGGGGGCCGGAAGGAUUGCAGAGUUUUUCACCGACCUUCUGACACGGCGCCCACUGGCCCAGGCCACCCAUAAUUUCCUGCGUGGCCUCCAUUUCCAUAAGGACUAUUUCCAUGAUCCUUACUUUUCCACCUGGAAAGCCACCAAACUGGAUGGGUUCCCCAACCAGCUGACACCUGCCGAGCCUCACCUUUGUCUGCUGGAUGUUGGCUACCUUAUCAACACCAGCUUCCCACCCCUUCUGCGGCCCACACGGGAUGUGGACCUCGUCCUGUCACUGGAUUACAACCUUGAAGGAGCCUUUCAGCAACUGCAGCUUCUGGGCCGGCUGUGUGGGGAGCAGGGCAUCCCAUUCCCGCCCAUCUCGCCCAGCCCUGAGGAGCAGCGCCAGCCUCGCGAGUGCCACUUGUUUCUAGACCCAGACUGCCCCGACGCCCCGGCGGUGCUGCACUUCCCUCUGGUGGACGACUCCUUCCGGGAGUAUUCGGCCCCGGGCAUCCCACGGACCCCCACAGAGAAGGCGGCUGGGGAGGUGAACCUGUCUCCUUCCGACUCUCCCUACCACUACUCGAAGCUGACCUACAGCCUGGAGGAUGCAGACAAGCUGCUCCGCCUGACCCACUACAACAUCUGCAACAACCGGGAGCAGCUACUGGAGGCCCUGCGGGGUGCCGUGCUGCGGAGGCGACAGCACCACCAACCCCAGUGAGGGCAUGGGGGGCAGGCUCAGGGCUUCCCCCGAGCCCCCCAACGGGCCCCUCAGACUUGCACCCAGGAGACCCUGGUGGACAGGAAGAGUUGGGGCAGACACUCCUCACCCAGGGUUCCAGAGCCCCUGGGGCCUGGAGGGCCUAGCCACGGCCCCCUUGCCCUCCGAGGGGCUUCACCAGGCCAUGUGCCCAACACCACCCUGACAGGGCCCCACAGCUACCAGCAGCCUUGUCCCCUACAUGGGCCAGGAGCCUGAGCGGCUUAGAAGGGCUGGGCCUGGUCUCCUCAGGCCAGAGAUGGCUCCCUCUUCAAGCAAAGAGAACGUUUAGAGGGCCUGUGGUCACCCGAGGUAGACAUGGGAGACAAUGGCUUGAGCCCAGAGUGGUAUGGAUCCUAGUUGUGGAAGCGCUCAAAGCCCUGGGCCCCUCUCCCCUUGCUCCCUUGAGUAACUGUACUGUGUGAAAUAGAGCGGUUUAUAUGUCACAGAGGCUCAUAUAAAUGUGAGGUGGGAACAGGUGACAUCAUGCCAGGCUCGUGGUUACACGUAACAAGGACUGGUUUGAAAAAGCUCUUGCCAGACCCCAUCCAGAGCUAGCGAAUAGGUGCAUCUGGACUUCCCCUGAGGAGAAGACCACAUGUGCCCUGUUAGGGCCACCCUUUCUAAGCAGUGGGGAGGCCCGUUUGGCCCGGGGGGUUCUGCUGUGGGAACCCUGGCCUUGCGCAGGUGAGUGGACACAGAGGCAGUGGCACCCCCGUC